GGCUUAACGCGUCAAUACUCCUCUUAUCAUUUGGACGCAUUAAAAGCAAGCAAUUAAAACAGAGAUUGCAUUUUGUACUGCGUGAUAUGAUGGCUAAAGCUGAUGCCCAAAAACCAGCUUUUUUAGACAUUCGGACAAGUCUCGAAGAAAUAUUUCGCCAAAUUCCUGGCUGCACAGAAGAUUUAGACAACUUUAUGACAAUAGAAUAA